UUUUUAUCCAUUGAAUAAGUGUACUUCAACGUGUUCAAGAUAGAUAUAAUAGUAUUCCCCUAUCUAUAACUAUAGUUUAAAGUCUUUUGAAACUAAUACACAGAGAGAUUUGAUUAAUUAAUGACUUGGCGUUGGCGGCGACUUUGGUAUAUGCUUAUAUAUCUUUCAUAAUGUAUACUCAAUAGUCAAUACAAACCUUGGCGCAGAGUGAACUUUCUAUAGAAUUUUAUCUGAACAAUCUCUCUUCUCGCCAAGAACGAGACAUCGCUAUAAACUACGGUAAGUUAUUUCAAGCUUUGGCUCAAAGAACAAGAAGUAUAAAAGUGUGUGUCGUUUGUUGUUUUCUUGGGAAUCAAAUUCAAGUUUUGAGCUCUUUUUUCCUUUUUGUUGUUGUGUGGUCAUCAAAGACAGUAACAUAAAAGUCUUCGAUGGCUUUGAGUUUUUGCGUAUACGCGUGAGACUAAACUUUUUCAAAAAGUUCGCAGUCAAAGCUCUGUUUUCAGACUUUUUUUGGUUGAAACUUCGACGAUUCUUCGAAUUUUAUCGUUUCAACGAAGGAAAUAUCUGUUUUUUUUUAAAACGUUGAAAGAUCAGAAACGCCCGAAUCUUUGGUUUUGAUUAUCCUAGGCAUCAAUCGUAGCAAUGUCGUUGGUUCGAACAGCAACGAUCGUUCUUCUUAUAAUCUUGUUUCUUCAAAACACUGAGGCGGCUCAAAAAAGACAGCAAAGUAUCGUUAAGUCUCGCGGUACGGUUGCCACUGACGAUGGACGGUGUUCUGUAAUCGGGAUGAGUGUUCUUCGCCAAGGAGGAAACGCGAUUGACGCGUCGGUCGCUGCUGCUCUUUGUUUGGGCGUUGUCAGUCCCGCCUCUAGCGGUAUAGGCGGUGGAGCGUUUACAGUGGUUAAAAUCGCUGGUGGGAGAGAGAUUGCUUAUGAUUCUAGAGAAACCGCUCCUCUAAGCGCCACUGAGAACAUGUAUGGAGGUAAUCCUGAGCUAAAGAAGAAAGGAGCCUUAUCUGUAGGCGUUCCCGGGGAAGUCGCAGGUCUAUUCACGGCUUGGAAACAACAUGGAAAGCUACCGUGGAAGCAGCUAGUGACUCCUGCAGAGAAACUUGCAGAAGGAUUCAAGAUUUCAAAAUAUCUCUAUAUGCAGAUGAACGCGACAAGAAGCGACAUCUUAGCAGACAAAGGUCUCUCUGAGCUAUUUGUUUCAAAUGGACAGCUCAAGAAACCAGGGACUAUUUGCCGUAACCCAAAAUUAGCUUUUACACUGAGGCAAAUUGGGGAGUACGGUCCAAAGGCAUUUUACAAUGGCACGGUUGGUGUUAACCUAGCAAGGGAUAUACGUAAAUCUGGAGGGAUAAUAACUUUGAAAGAUCUGCAAAGUUACAGAGUUAAGGUUAAGGAGCCUCUGUCCGCAGACAUUCUUGGAUACCGACUUCUCGGUAUGCCUCCGCCUUCAUCCGGUGGUGCUGCAAUGAUGCUUGUUCUGAACAUUCUUGCUCAAUAUGGGAUUCCAUCGGGUGUUUCAGGCCCUCUUGGUGUUCAUCGACUAAUAGAGGCUCUGAAACACGCAUUCGCAGUUAGAAUGAACCUCGGUGAUCCAGAUUUCUCCGAUAUUACCAAUGUUGUUUCAGAUAUGUUGUCUCCAAAGUUUGCACAAGACUUGAAGAGUAAGAUAAACGACCAAAAGACCUUUGAUACUAAAUAUUACGGCGGCAAGUGGAACCAGAUCAACGACCACGGGACAAGUCAUUUAUCGAUCAUAGAUCACGAGAGGAAUGCUGUAUCGAUGACUAGUACAAUAAAUGGUUACUUUGGGGCAGUGAUGCUAUCUCCGAGCACAGGAAUCGUUCUGAACAACGAAAUGGACGAUUUCUCAAUCCCGAUUAAAUCUAACGGUAACUUAGAUGUUCCACCACCAGCGCCAGCUAACUUCAUCCGUCCAGGAAAACGACCUUUGUCCUCUAUGUCACCCACCAUUGUACUCAAGGACGGUAAAGUGAAAGCCGCGGUGGGUGCGAGCGGAGGAGCCAACAUCAUUGCUGGGACAACGGAAGUUUACUUGAAUCAUUUUUUCCUCAAGAUGGAUCCUCUUUCUUCCGUCUUAGCUCCGAGAAUCUACCAUCAGCUGAUACCAAACAGAGUUUCCUAUGAGAAUUGGACCACAGUAUUCAAUGAUCAUUUCGAGAUCCCUAAAGCGACAAGAGUUGUGUUGGAGAAGAAAGGUCAUGUCCUAUCUCCCGUCGCCGGAGGGACGAUUGUUCAGUUCAUAGUUCAAGAAUCCGGUGCGAACUCCGGCCGAGUGAGUGAGCUUGUGGCAGUAAGUGAUCCUAGAAAAGGAGGGUUCCCUUCAGGAUAUUGAGAUCGAUACUGAAAUUUUUUAUUUCCCCAUUUGUUUUAUGGUGCUCAUUGCAUGGAGCGCUUUGUGAUGAAUAUUAAUCUUUUUAUUGUAUAUUUAAAAUUUAAUUAUACUA